UGUGACUGUAAGUCAUUCCCUUCAAAUGCUAUUUAAGUUAGAAACGUGUAUAACAAUGUCGUAUGUAACUUUAGAGACGGCCCCUUAAUUUCCGCAUAUCUGCGAAUAUCGACCGUCCAACGUCAAACCAACUUUAUACCAGUCAGUUCGGUAGCGUUGUCAGGGAGACGCUUUCAGCCACUGAUCUACUCUAUCAGCACAGCAGCUAGUUAUCACAGGCUUUCCCCUUGUGAUUGAACUUGAUCCUGUAUUUGGACAUUUUAAUAAGAACUUAUCAUUACUCCGCCGUAUAGGCCUACAUUCAUUAUAGUUUAACGAGGAUGUCGAAUUUAAGAGGCGGGAAAAAACAAGAGAAAUUUGAUAGCGCCACCGCUUGACUCUCCAAUUCUCGCGGUGUUUGGACACUGAAUUCUCGCGAGGGGCUGCGGAUUCCGAAAGCGAAGAGGAGAAAUGGAGAGAUGAGGGCUGAAAAGGAACCGACAACGGGAAGCAGAGAGAGAGGCGUCGUCGAGAUACAGCUGAGGGACGCUCAGAGGGAGCAGGACAGCACCACGGCCAAUUCUAAGCACAAAGAGGAGAAAAAGGAAAUCUUCACCAAGGUUGUGAUUCGACGUCUUCCACCCAGCUUGUCAAAAGACCAGCUUGAGGAGCAACUCAGUCCACUGCCUUCUUAUGACUAUUUUGAGUUCUUUCCUGCUGAUCAAAGCCUGUAUCCACAUCUUUUCUCCAGGGCAUACAUCAACUUUAAAAACCCAGAAGAUAUUGUUCUCUUCAGAGAUCGUUUUGAUGGUUAUGUUUUUAUUGAUAAUAAAGGUCAAGAAUAUCCAGCCAUUGUAGAAUUUGCACCUUUUCAGAAAGUUUCCAAGAAGAAGCUCAAGAAAAAAGAUGCCAAAGCAGGAAGCAUUGAAGAAGAUCCAGAAUACAAACGAUUUUUGGAGAACUACUCUUGUGAUGAGGAGAAGUCAAUGGCCAAUCCAGAAACACUGUUGGGAGAAAUUGAGGCUAAAACAAGAGAGCUCAUAGCUAAAAGGACAACACCACUUCUGGAAUACAUUAAGAAUAAGAAGUUGGAGAAGCAGAGAAUUCGGGAGGAAAAAAGGGAGGAGAGAAGACGCAGAGAACUGGAGAAGAAACGGCAAAGGGAAGAGGAGAAAAGGAAACGCAGAGAAGAGGAGAGGCGAAAACGCAAAGAGGCAGAGAAGCAGAAGAAACUCUCUGAAAAGGAUAUAAAAAUUAAGCUUUUGAAGAAAUGUGACAGGGAUGAUGAGGUGGAAUCAGACAGACUGAAAGACAAAGGAGACAGUGGAGAGACAGAGAGGAACAAGUGGGAGAAAUCUGCAGGUCACACCAAGACAAAGGAACCUAAAGAGAAUCGAGUUCAGCUGGAGAGUGAUAAGGAGCAGCGGGAUGGCCACAGCCGCCGGCAGAGAGAAAAAGACCAGAAGGGCAGAGAAGAGGAGCGCAAGCGGCAGCGGCAUCACUAUGAGUUUGACAAGUUCAUGCGCCGCAAGGAGGAGACCAAAUGGGGCAAAGGCUACUGUCACGACCGGGCAAAGAAAGAUGGCCACCACCAUGGCUACUCCUACUGCCUUGAGAUGGGGGAUAAGUCAAGUAAAGAGGACCGGGAUGAGAUGGGGAGCAGGAAGGAACGUAUUCGUAAUAAGUCUGUGUUAGUGCAUCAGGAGAAAAGGACCUCCCAGUCUGAGGGGCCAGACCAGAUAGGAGGGGCUCUGCCAGCCAAGGACCGACCUGCCAUGCAGCUGUACCAGCCAGGAGCCCGUAACCGUAAGCGCAUAGGUUCUGGGAACAAAGGCUUUGACUUCAGCCGACUCUCUCCGGAGCCAAGCACCGAACCCUGCUAUGAGCUGACCAUAGGAACAGGCUCUGAGAAAAGUGGAGAUGAGUGACAGAAAAAGCAUGUUUCAGCUCAAGGCAAGAGGCAGAAUAAUGUGGUCAGAGAAUAAACCUCUCUGACUAUGUUCUCAAUGUGCUCCAUCUAUGUUUCCACACACUGUGUCAGCAGUAUAGUCAAACUCAUAGAUUGUGUUACUGUUAAUAAAUUCUACUAUAUGUUUGAGUUUCAUGUCAAAGAACACUGCCUCAUCCACCGGAUUCACAUUUUUCUAAAUUUUUAGACCAUAAGCACUUAUCACGUUGUUUGUUGACCUCCACUUUAAGAUCAAAUGCCUCAUCAUUUACAGAGGACAGAUUUAUAUGCCUUUUGUAGUGAAUCAUAUAGCUUCCAUUACGUGAGAGUUUAUGGAUAAUGUAGUACAGAUAGUGUACAGAUUUUACUGUAAAAAUCAUAAGCAGAUAUUGUGAAAUGCAUAUAUGCAUAUAUUUUUAAUAUAUGAAAUGUAUAGGAAUAGGGUAAUAAGAGAAAGUAAUAAAAUAUAUGUGAGUGUAUGCACAUUACUGCUUUUAUCCUGGAUAUAAAAAGCACUUACUUGAUUUAAUAUUUCAGCAUGUAACACUUAAUUUUAGAUAAUAAUACGAUAAUACUAAUGCCUGAUCUUUUAUAUAUUAAUCUGAUAUUUGGGCUUUUUGUACUCAUGUAGUACUGCUAAAUUGAGCUAGCUCAUAAUAUUUAUUAUAAUGAAUAAGCAACAUUUCACCUGUUAGCCAAGAAGUACACAUUUUGGCUUUCACUAAAAGCUGUGGAGAAUGACUAGCUUGGAUUUUACUUAGAUCUAUGUAAAAUGUCAUCAGAACAUCAAUCCUGCUUUUUAUAUGGUUGUAUAAUUGAUGGCGAUUGUGUUUUACAUGCCUCAGUGACAUGCCAUUUCUUUGGUAAAGAUUAAUAGGUUCUUUUGCUCUCAAUUGAAAGACCAAGAAAACUAAACCUUUUCACAUAAAUAAUUACAUUACAAUGCAUUUUGAUGGAUUUAUUAAUAUUGUUUGUCUACAAUAAACUUUCACAUUGUCGAGAGAA